AAAUCCAUCAACUUGGAGCAACAUCAAUUUUAGUUCAGCCUAUACAAUCACAGCACCGGACUACUUAGAAGAAACACAAUAUGUACAACUUUUUGCCAUACGAAACCGGACUCCUUCAUGGAUCGCUAAGCUUGAAUUCUGGAACCUCACCAGACAAAAACAUGGGAGACCAGAUAGAGACCCUUACCGUGGAUGCUCGCUGUGAAACCGAAACUCGCGUAAAGGUAUCCAUCGGCGCGCCCAACCGAUGGUCUGUUCCGCAAGACGUUCUCCCGCGUCCCGAAAAUUCACUUCCUCCAUUAGAUGAAAACCAGAAAGCGAUGGAAACCCCCAUGAUAAAAAUACAUGAAGAACCGUUUUCAUUUCAAGUCCAUAGAAAUGCACACGAAGAAGCAUUGUUUUCGACAAAGGGACAUGAAUUUAUCUUUUGCGAUCAAUAUAUUGAAUUUUCCAGCACUCUCCCGGAGCAUCCAAAUAUAUAUGGCCUAGGAGAAGUGAACUCGAGCUUCAAGAGGCUAAUUUCACCAGACGAUAAAAAGUAUGCGCCUGGAACAGUUACCACUUUCUGGGCUAGAGAUGAUGCUGUUCCCCAACACGACAACGUAUACUCGAGUCAUCCAUUCUAUAUGGAAAUUCGCGAUUCUCAAGCUCAUGGUGUUCUUCUGUUGAGUAGCAACGGAAUGGAUGUUCUUCUAUCUGCAGGAAAAAUCACCUACAAGUUAUUGGGUGGUAACAUAGAGCUUUACAUCUUCACGGGACCCACUCCUCUAGACGUCCUAAAGCAAUAUGUGGAUUUCAUCGGAAAGCCGUUUAUGCCUCCGUUGUGGUCUCUUGGCGUUCACCAAUGUCGAUGGGGCUAUAAAGAUGUAGCUCAAGCUAGGAAGGUGGUAGAAUCGUACAAGGACGGCCAAAUUCCAUUGGAUGCAUUAUGGCUGGAUAUUGACUAUAUGGACAAUCAUCGAAUCUUCACUAAUGAUCCAGAUCGAUACCCAAAAGAAAAGCUACAAAAGUUGAUCAGCGACCUGCAUGAUAAUGAUCAACACAUGAUUGUCAUAUUGGACCCUGGAGUCAAAGCAAAGGACGGCGACAAUGCCUAUGAGGAAGGGAAACGUCGCGACAUCUUCAUCAAGAUAAAGGAUGAUGGAAAGCUCCGUGACUUCGUAGGACGAGUUUGGCCCGGAAAGACAUGCUUCCCGGAUUGGUUUCAUCCUGAUGCCCAAGAUUACUGGUCCCAACAACUCAAAAAAUGGUGCCUGCAAUUUCCAGUGGAUGGACUAUGGCUUGAUAUGAACGAAAUAUCUAAUUUUGCCGAUGGUGACUGCGAUGAUGAUAGUGAUAGUGAUGGUUUACCAGCAGAUGUGGCAGAAAGUUUAGUCUCUCCUGAAGAACGUUCGGCGGUAGUCACGGCGGAAGCGACCUCUGAUGAGCCAGAAAAGCAGACCGAAUCCGCGGAACCGGAACUUCUCCAUGCUAUUAAGGAGACUUCAAGUAGCAAUGAAAGCGACGCCACCGUGGACGAUGACGAAAAUACUUUGAGAAGCACUAUUGACAGUGUCAUCGAAAAGUCUCCUGAACCACCUUUUACCGUCAAUAACCCUCCCUAUCUAAUUAAUAACGCAGGCAAAAAACGGCCACUUCAGCAUAGAAGCGUUGCACCUGAUGCGAUUCACUACGGAGGACUUUAUGAAUACAACACCCAUAAUUUAUAUGGUCACAUGGAAUGUCAAGCAACGUAUAAAUCUCUGAUUGACAUCUAUGGCAGUCGCAAAAAGCCAUUCAUUCUCACCCGGAGCUCAUUCGUCGGAAGCGGAAAAUACACAGCAAAAUGGCUCGGUGACAACACGUCGAGCUAUAAUGAUUUGAAAGAGUCCAUCGCUGGUAUGUUGUCUAUGACCAUGUUUGGUAUUCCGAUGGUCGGCGCGGAUGUCGGCGGUUUCCAUCGAAACUGCGACGAGCAGCUUAUGUUACGGUGGACUCAACUGGCAACCUUCUACCCAUUCAUGAGAAACCAUAACUGGAUAUACAAUCGAGGCCAAGAAUUCUACCAAUGGAAAAGCGUAGCUGAUCUUGCUCGCAGGUGUUUUGCACUUCGAUACUCGUUAUUGCCAUAUUGGUAUACCCUCUUCUACUAUGCGGCAACAAUGUCCAAUCCUGUUCUACAAGCUCUGUCAUGGCAUCAUUAUAGUGAUAAGGAAGCACUUGAAAAUGACGCCCAGUUUUUCCUUGGUGACAAAUUGUUGAUAUCACCUGUCCUUCAGGAAGACGUAACUACUGUUCAUGCUUAUUUUCCACCAAAUGAUAUUUGGUAUGACUUGUACACUGGACGGCCUCUAGCCAACAAAGGAUGGCAAAAAAUUGAGUGCUACGUGCAUGAUCUCACACCUGUACACGUACGUGGUGGCUCUAUUAUACCGAUGUGGAAUAAGGCUUCCAAAACGGUGGCAGACACGAAGCGGCACAGCAAGCUGGAGCUCUGGGUUGGUCUAGAUUCUAGAGGACAAGCAACAGGUUCUUGUUAUUUGGAUAAUGAUGAACCACUACCAGCAUCUUCCAGCAUUUUUGCACACUUUAUGUUUGAGAAUGGAAAACUCCGUAUUACUAACGUCCAGCAGGUCGGGAAGAGCGAAACUCUCAGUAUAUCCCGUAUCAUUAUUGCCGGAAUCACCUACACCAGUCAGGCCGAGCUCAUUUGUAAUGGACAGCGUAGUACCCUUAUCCCGAUCCAAGAGAAGAGCCAAGUCGUUAUUAAUUUAGACGGAGAAAGCAUUGUGGACCAUCAUGAAUUUAGUAUUACAUUGCUAUAGCCUACCUCGUUGCACCCAAUACAAUACAAUAUAUCUAUUUCUUCGUUGUAAUUUUGGUUAUUUUCGAUGUGCA